GUCAACGGGAAAUGGGGCUUGCCCCCGUUUGUUUGUGACUUCUACAUUGCGAUGGACGUGAUUUGUAGUACAUCGUCCAUAUUCAAUUUGGUGGCAAUCAGUAUAGACAGGUACAUUGCGGUCACGCAGCCAAUAAAAUACGCAAAGCACAAAAACAACCGGCGAGUGUGGCUGACAAUCGUGCUGGUGUGGGCCAUCAGCGCGGCAAUUGGCAGCCCCAUUGUGCUGGGGCUGAACAACACGCCGGACCGGGAACCGGACCUCUGUGUUUUUUACAACUCGAAUUUCGUCAUUUACUCGUCCCUCUCCUCGUUCUACAUACCGUGCAUCAUAAUGGUAUUCCUCUAUUGGAACAUAUUCAAG